AUGACACCAAGCGUCGCGUCUGAGACAAACGAGUCUCUCCCCUCAAGGUCCACCGUGGCACAGAGGAAAGAAGCAAACGAACUGAGAAGGACUCUCAAGCCCAUGUUGGAAAAGAAAAGGCGAGCACGCAUCAACGACAGCCUUGGACAUUUGAAGACCCUUAUCCUGCCUCUUGUUGGCAAAGACAACGCUCGUUACUCGAAACUCGAGAAAGCAGAUAUUCUCGAGAUGACCGUACGAUUCCUCACAGAUCUUCCUUCAACUCCAGUCAAAAGUUCAACAGAUAGUUUCAAAGAAGGGUAUAAAGCAUGUCUCCAGCGAGUCUCUGCUUUGCUCCCUAAAACGAACCUGGACAAAGAUGCCUGCCAGCGAGUGAACGAGUUUAUUCAGCAGUCCAUGUCUACGUCUGCCAACCCAGCCUGUCAGAACUGUUGCGCCCAGAGUUCCAAAGCUUUUCCCCAGAUUCAACAGCGACUACGGAGCCUCAAAGCCAACCUUAACUCCAGAGUUGAGAACCACUCACACAGCAGCGGUUCUCCUCCCAACCGACCACAGCCAGUGCCACAAGCUGUAAAUGCUAACAUGUGGAGACCUUGGUAGAUCAGACGCUGUUUGUUUACUUUAAUG